AUUCUGUGCUUUCAUUUGUACUAAGAAAUACUUUACGUCAUUUGUACCUGGUCUAAUAGCUUAGAACAAAGGCAAUCUUAUUCCGUAUAGUGUUAUAGGCAGACGAGAGCUUGAUCGUACUGUGACGCGAUACCAAAUCCAAGUUGCUAAAAUGAGGCAACCAAUGAGAUGACCAUGACCAGUUUAAUAAUCCCUGUGCUUGACAUCCACAAUGAGAACUUCAGUGAACUCUGGCCUUCCUUGUUGCUGGCUCUGAAGACAUCCACCUUUAUAGCUGUAGACACUGAGCUAAGUGGCUUGGGAGAAAGGAAACAUUUGCUAAACCAGUGUGUAGAAGAAAGAUAUAAAGCCAUAUGCCAUGCUGCCAGAACACGAUCAGUCCUCUCUUUGGGCAUUGCUUGCUUCAAAGAACUACAAGAAAAGGGGGAGAAUGCAUACUUGUCUCAAAUUUUUAACUUGACACUGCUGUGUAUGGAUGACUAUACCAUAGAACCACAGUCUGUACAGUUUCUAGUGCAACACGGCUUCGAUUUCAACAAACAAUACUCAGCAGGUAUCCCUUACAAGAAGGGCAAUGACAAGGGCCAUGAACAUCAUGUAAAGGGAGUUCGCACUUUGUUUCUGGAGUUGCUACGUGCAAGAAAGCCUUUAAUCUUGCACAAUGGCUUGAUAGACCUGGCCUUCCUUUAUCAGUGUUUCUACGCCCAACUUCCGGACAACUUGGGCAGCUUCAUCGCGGACCUUUCAGAAAUGUUUCCAGCAGGAAUCUACGAUACCAAAUAUGCUUCCGAAUUUGAGAUUCGUUUUACAGCAUCUUACUUGGAGUAUGCCUAUAAAAAAUGCAAACGUGAGAACAGUAAGUUAAUUGAUUUAUGCAGAAAUCACCUGAGUAUUGAGUUUUGCCGUUACCCUGCGAGCAUGUCUACUUUUGUGGAUUAUCGGUACUGCUCGUUUCCAGACCCAAACAAGCCCAAUGCUGAAGAGGAGAACAUCUGUGAGAGGUUUUCUGCAUAUGGCUGGUGCCCAAAUGGACGCAAUUGUACCCAGUCUCAUAAUACUGACCUUAUUAUUGAUGAGGAUGAAAAGACAUGUGAAGAAAAGAAAGAAAAGAAGAAAAAGAAGCACAAGCGGAAAAGACAAAAAUCCAUGGAGCCUUCCGAUCAGAGUGUAAAAGAAGAGGGUCCAGAAAAAGGGUUGUUUACAGAGAUGGAACCCCCAAGAAAGCAAGCAUGUGGGGCCACUUCAUUGGCUGGUACUAGUACAACACAUGGGUGUUUAAAUGAGGGAUCACAGGAAGAACUUUCAGGCACAGUAGAUUGUAGCAUGGAAGAAGACAAGAAAGUGAGCAAGAGUCCAGCUAACAUUCAUGAAAGUACUGUAAAGAGUGCGGAUCCUGCAGUUGAUGCAAAAACAAUUUCCACCACAAGCCCAGCUGAAGGCAACAAAGACUUGGCAGAAGGAGUAAAAAGAGAGAACUCCAAAUCAUCUGAAGGUGGCACCCACAGAGCUGGUUUUGAUGCCUUUAUGACAGGCUAUAUUAUGGGCUAUGCAUGGAUGUUAAAGAAAGGAGGAAGCUCAGACCCUUUUCCAGGAAACUGGCUUCCAGAUUGCCAUAAUAAGGUAUACCUAAGUGGAAAAAAUGUCCCACUUCAGAUUGUGAAAAGUGUUUUCUCCAAAUCCUCCAGGGCCCACACUCAGAAGAUGAAACUGUUGUCUGAUAGCAGCUUGUGAACAGUGGUUUGUUAUUUAAUUUUACCCAUAAGAGGCACUGAAAAAAAGCAAUUUAUUUUAAAGAUAAUAAUCUAUCAGUUCUUAAAGUAAGACUUUAUGGUGGGCUGUAUGUUCUCUGAACUUUUGCAAUUGCCAGUACCCAUUAUCAUCUAAUGUUAUACCACUUGCAGAUGUUUUCUGUAUAUUUAGAUUUUAUUUCCCGUUAAAUAAUUUCACAAUUAAAUCUGCAUAAUCAUG